GAGGCUCAAAUGAAAAUGGAAGUACACACCAUACCUCAGAUUCUGAUGGAACAUUUAUUUCUUACAGCAAAGAAUGGGAAGAACUAUUUGUAAACAACAAUUACUUGGCAACUAUACGGCUGAAGGGGAUUAAUGGGCAGCUGAGAAGCAGCAGGUUCCGUAGUGUUUGCUGGAAGUUAUUUCUGGAGGUUCUACCCCAAGACAGAAGUCAAUGGAUUAAAACCACUUCAGACUUAAGAACUUCUUACAAUAAGAUCAAAGAAAUUCACAUUACAAACCCUCGGAAAGCAGGACAGCAAGAUCUGAUAAUCAACAACCCACUCUCUCAGGACGAGGGGAGUCUUUGGAAUAAAUUUUUCCAGGAUAAAGAGCUUCGAGCAAUGAUUGAACAAGAUGUGACAAGAACCUUUCCUGAAAUGCAGUAUUUCCAGCAAGAGAAUGUGAGGAAAAUUCUUACAGAUGUUCUGUUCUGCUACGCCAGAGAAAAUGAGCAGUUGCUUUAUAAACAGGGUAUGCAUGAACUUUUAGCUCCCAUUGUUUUUAUCCUGCAUUGUGACCACCAAGCUUUUUCACAUGCCAGUGAAGCUGCACAACCAAGCGAGGAAAUGAAAGUUCUUUUGAAUCCUGAAUAUCUGGAACAUGAUGCCUAUGCGAUGUUCACACGUCUUAUGAAAACUGCAGAACAUUGGUUUUCAACUUUUGAACAUGACACUCAAAAGGAGAAAGAUGUGAUGAUGACACCUAUGCCAUUUGCAAGGCCACAGGAUUUAGGCCCAUCUAUUGCUAUUGUAGCAAAGGUAAACCAAAUUCAAGAUCAUCUGCUGAAGAAACAUGAUAUUGAGCUGUACAUGCAUCUCAACCGGCUGGAGAUUGCUCCACAGAUUUAUGGACUGUAA